AUGCCUCCUUGCCUUCAGGUCGCUGCUGGGGAUGUGGAUGCCGAGACUGCGCCGGGUGGGCGGAAGGCUCGUGGUGGGCGGAAGGCCCGGGGUAGGCCGCGCCUCACCGAGUCUGACCGGGUACGACGACGCCUCGAAUCCCGCAAGAAAUACGACGAGCGGCGGGUCUACCUGGGCGAGUCUCACGGCCCGUGGGUGGACCUGAGGCAGCGCAGUGGCUGGAGUGACGCCAAGCUGGCGGCUUAUUUGCUGGAACUGGAACGAGAACAGCGGGCCGGGCGCCGCGGAAAACCAUGGGAGCAGAUGCCUUAUGAGCCACAGCGAAAAAAAAGAAGAAGGCGGAAUGUGAACUGCCUGAAAAACACAGUCAUCUGGUAUGAAGAUCACAAGAACCGCUGCCCAUAUGAGCCUCACCUCUCUGAGCUGGAUCCCAACUUUGGGAUGUACACCACAGCUGUGUGGCAGUGUGAAGCAGGGCACCGCUAUUUCCAGGACUUGCACUCACCACUUAAACCACUCAGUGAUUCUGAAAAUGAAUGUGACAAUGUUGCCAAUGGCACUGGAGCUGGAAGCUCUGAGUCUUCAGAAGAGAGCUCUAGCUCUGAGACAGAGGAACAACUGGGGAAUCAGAAGGACAAGUCCCAGGUUCAGCAACCCUCAGCAAAUGCAGAGGGAGAGAAUGCCAGUGGGCUCAUCACACAGGAUGGCAUCCAUAUUCCAUUUGAACACCAUAUUGAGGACUUACGAGCAGAACAGGGUGCUAACAUGUGCCACAAUCCACCCCUCAAUGGUCCAGAGACAAUGGAAACUGUGGUAUGCGUGCCAGUGCCCAUGCAAAUGAGUUCAGGCCACGGAACUCUGUUUGAGAAUGUUUCACAAGAGACACUUGGUGAAGUAGUAGCCAGCUGCCCUGUGCAGGGUAUGAUGCAAGGCUCACAGGUGAUCAUCAUUGCUGGACCCGGCUAUGAUUCUCUCACAGCAGAAGGAAUCCAGCUGAAUGUCACCAGCGCAGGAGGAGAGGAGCUGCCUUGUGCUAUGAUUGAGGGCGUAGCAGCUUAUACUCAGGCAGAGCCUGAGAAUGGACAGCACAGUAGCACGGAAAGCAUGGAUUACAUCAAAGCCAAAAAAGAAAGUGAGGCACUUUUUAAACUCAAAAAAGAAGAGCAUCACCCUCCAACAGAAAUAGAAGCAUCCUGUGAUUCAAAACCCGCCCAUAAGAGUGGGGAGCAGGAACCAGAGCCUGAACCGGAGGAGGAGACAGAUGGAAACAACAUGUCAGCCAUUAUUUAUGAGAUUCCAAAGGAGCCUGAAAAGAGGCGGCGGAGCAAAAGAGGUCGUGUCAUAGAUGCAGAUGGCAUGUUGGAGAUGUUCCACUGUCCUUAUGAAGGAUGCACCCAAGUCUAUGUAGCACUUAGUAGCUUCCAGAAUCAUGUUAAUCUCGUUCAUCGGAAAGGAAAGACGAAGGUGUGCUCGCACCCAGGUUGUGGCAAAAGGUUUUACCUGUCCAAUCAUCUCCGAAGACACAUGAUAAUUCAUUCAGGAGUCCGUGAAUUUACCUGUGAAACUUGUGGUAAAUCCUUCAAGCGGAAGAACCACCUGGAAGUCCAUCGCCGGACACACACAGGAGAGACGCCUCUCCAGUGUGAGAUUUGUGGCUAUCAAUGCCGACAGAGGUCUUCUCUCAACUGGCAUAUGAAGAAGCAUACCUCAGAAGUCCAGUACAACUUUACUUGCGAGUACUGUGGCAAGCGUUUUGAGAAGCUGGACAGUGUCAAGUUCCACAAACUAAAGAGCCACCCAGACCAUAAGGCUGCCUGAUCCUGAUCGUGAAUCACUUUAAUUAUUAUUCCUCCAAAUAACCUAAACCAGCUGAGGGCAUGUCUUGCACAGCCACAGCUGAAGACAUGGUGUGUGCUUCCCACAGCACAAGGAUCUGUCCCUCUUGUUAGGAAGAUACGGGGUAGCUUUUUAAGACCAGACGGUGACUGACAUAAAAAGCUCGUGCGAAUGUCAGUGUGCUCAGGGUGUUCGGACAGCAUAAAGUCAAAUCAUCCUAUAACUGGAGAUUAUGGUGCUAAGCUGUCCUGUUCCUCCAAGGGGGAAAGAACAGUGGAAACAAUAGCCAAGAAUAAUCUUAUCCAACUGAAGUAUACUUUGCUAUCUGCUGAGCAGCACCUUCUACAUUUUAGCCACCUGAUACUUGACCUGAAGGAGGAGUGCAGCUGUGAAAGGUCCAGUUCCAUAUCACGUAACUAUGGAGAGACUGCUUCCAAUAUAAAACUCCAGUCCUAGUUCAUGUGACUGUUUUAUAUCUAUUGAAAACAGUGUAAGAAAAUUAUUGGCUCAUACGCAUUAAUUCAGUUUCCUUGAAAUGGUUGAACAUUAGUCAUAUAUUGGCCUAAACAUGGUUCUUCUGCCAGGAACUAUUUUCCCCUUAACCUUCAGGGCUAUUGCAUUGGAAGACAAUCCAGAGUUGACAUUUUUACCCAUUUCCUUGAAAUAUUGGUGUCCUGUAAAGUACAGAUUCUGAUACCGGGUAUACUCACACUCCAGCAAUAAGUUCCUUUAUUAUUCUGGUUAUCUGUGCCCAUCCUCUAUGGUUUGCCAUAUUCAUAGUCUUGUUUGCAAAUAAGAAAUUGCUAAAGUUUAAUCCCAUAGGUGUAUGUUUUUUUAAUUAUACUGAAUAUUAAGAGACAUGGCUUUUGUCUUUAAAAAGUGCCAUUUAAUCCUUAGGACUAAGUUAAAAGAUACAAAAUUGUGUGAAAAUGGAGAUUUUUUUUCUAUAGUUGAAACUUGACAUGGUUCUGUGAGAGCGUUCAUAAGUGAGUGGGUGUCAUUCCUCCCCCCCCCAACCCCCAAAAUAACCCUUUUUGAGGGACCUGUCAGAAGGCAAAAGAGCUUAGUUGGGUCGGGCUUCUGUGUGGGGUUUGCCAUUCUGGGAUGGAGGGACAGGAAGAGCUCCUUUCUGUUAGUUUAGGGUAGUUGUACUUUUGGAGGUUCCUUUGUGUGGCUGUUCUUGUCAUAUUCUUCAAAGAUGUACAAGCCAUUGGUGAACGGAAUUUAAAACCUGCCAAACUCUUGCUUCCUGUUUCUUGGAGUUGCAGGUGCUAAAAUGGACAGACCCUCCAAAUGUUGUUGCACUCCAGCUCCCCAUCAGUCCUGGUAGCCAUCAUUGUCAGUGGUGAAGGAUCAAGGCAAUCUGGAGACAAAAUAUAACUUAUAAUCAGCCAGGGAGGCUGACUGAUUGCAAUUCGCUGGUUCUCUCCUUCUGCAUCUCUUAACCCAGGCAAGGAUCACUCUGAAAUCCAGAUGGAUUCAGAUCUGAGUAGAAGGCAAAAGGCGGGUCUGGAGGGAUUCUUAAAGGAGCACAGUGGCGUGUUCACAGGCAAAUCAGAGACUAAGCAGUGAUGAACUUUCGGGCUGAAUAUACACCACAAAGCAGCUCACUGUACCUCUGAAGAUGCCAGCCAUAACUGCUGGCUAAACAUCAGGACAACAGAAAACUAGACUUCGGCCAUUCAGCCCAAAAGCUCAUUACUGCUUGUUGACAUCAGCCAUGAAAGCCUACACCAGUAAACCAGUAGAACACAGGAUCACCAUUGGAGAUGCAAGACCCAUUAGGAAAAAGCAUGAUCAUAUCCUCAAACAGGCGAGAAGCACUCUGGAGAAGGAGGUUCAACACAGCAGAACCUGGUGAUGCUGAACCCUCUCAAUGAGUGGGAUGUUAUCUUGGUGCCAAAAGCUAAGGGGGAGGUUAGAUUUUGUGGACCUAAGUCAGUUAAAUCAUGUCAUAAAUAUUUAUAGUUAUCCUAUGUACACAGUUGAUGAUUUGCUAAGUAAGUUAAACAGGUGUAGGUACUUAUCCACCUUUGAUUUAAUGCAAAUCCCUUUGGAGGCUAUUUCUAGAGGGAAGACAGCCUUUAUUCUAUUUUGUGAAAAUG